AUGGCCCCAUCGACUAGAGCCUCGCAGACAUGGAAUUGCAGUGUCUGUCAGCGCACGUUCUCCCGCAAGUAUGAGCUGAAUAGACACGAAGUCUCUCACGCGAAUGUAAAGCCGUUUGAGUGCAAGCAUUGCCAAAAAUGUUUCGCGCAGAAGACUGCGUUGCGAACGCAUUAUAACUCACACACCAAACUCAAGCCACAUCAAUGUGUAAACUGUUCCAUCUCCUUUGGUGAUCCGUCCUCGCGCUCCCGCCAUAGGCACGAGAUGCACAGCGGUUUCCUGGGAUACUUCUGUCCUGGCUGCUCAAGCAGCAUGAAGCGCCCUAAAAACUUCAAGAUCCACCUUGAGAAGUGCGAUUAUGUCACGAAAUACAACGCCAAUAUCAGAGUUUAUAUGGUGUACGAUGAGUCUUCCGAGGACUUCAAAGAGUACUUCAAAGAUCGGAAGCCUCCCCGCGAGGCCCGGAUCGUCGUGGGUAGCAGCAAGAAGGCCGUUAUCGUCAACAACGUGCCGGUCGCCAUUGACAGCUCGAGCCCUCCCGUCGCUAUGCCGAGUCCCUCCGCCACGAAGAAGGCCCCCUCCAUCACUGCGGAGUUGUCUUCGAUCGGUCGGGCACGGCGCCUGAAGACCCUUCAGCGUGCUCAUCCGUACAAGAAACCGCUUUCGAGUCGCAGAAGGGAGAGCGCGGAGGAUAUCAACCUCGCUGACAUUCCAGCUGACGUUCUCCAGCAGUCGGCCGCCCACUCUUACACGAUCCCAACUGCCGUGGCACCUCCGGUGCCCACCGAAGAUGUAUUUAAUUACGUUCCGGUCGACUUCUCGUAUAACGCUGCCGAUGAUGGUAUUCUUGCUCAAGCCCACGCUCAAGUUCCGGACAUGUUCCUCCCCGGCCCUGUCGCAGGCCCAUCCAGCAACCCUGAAAUUGCAGUAGGCUAUGAUUUAGGAUUGCCUCCUUUCGACGUUCCACAGAUCCCCAGCGGAUCCUCGGUGAUGAUUCCCCCGCUUGUUUAUGGGCAAUGGGCGGGCGAUGUUCCCUCUUAUACCGACACUGGGGCCACUUACGAGGCCCCGAUCUCGUCUCAAUGGGACUAUCAGAAAUACAACACCCACUCAGACUAUUUGUAUGGUAUUCACGGCACCCAAGUCACGCCCCACGACGACUACUCUGACCUUUUUGAAACGAUUGCAACUACGCCCACAGAGGCGAUCGACGCCGCUCUACAGAGUCUGAAUACCCAGCCGCACUACUGGCCGUCGAACAUACCCACUCUGCCAGCGAAGGAGGCGAUAUCUCCGUACUCCCCGUACUCUGACGCGCUCUCACCGCUGUCGGACUUGACCCCGUCGCCGGGCGGUACCAGCUACUCGAGUCCCGGCACCCCGGCUGACAUGUUGUCUACCGUUGGGUCGCGUGGGCCGUCUCCCCAGAACGAAAUGGCUUACUCCCUGUAUCGCCCGCCCAGUAGCCGGCCACAAUACAACUGGACGCCAAAAUGUUUCUGCUCACUCGUCAUCGAGGGCAGGGAAUGCCGCGACGGCGCUCGUUUCGGUUCGAAGUCCGGAGGAGAGAAGGAGGACGCAAAGUCACGUGAAGAACAAUCUCUCACCGCCACUUUCUUCGCCUUGAUCUCAUCUCCCCGCCCCACUCUGGCUCUCCGCCGUGUACUCUCCGGGCUGUUUCUUACACUCCCCCGACCCCCUCCUCUCUCUCUCAUUCUCUCCGCGCAUACUCCUCCAUUCAUGUUGGCUUCCCCUCUCGUACCCGCCUCUGGUUUCGCCGACGACACGGCGCAAUACCGCCCCGCCAAAGACCUGGAGGCGUUCAAAAGUCUUCUUCCUCCCGCCAUCGAGUUUGUGGAGGGCUCAUCCUCGGGAACGUUCGCGACGGACGAGAUCAAAUACCAGCCCAUCAACACGACUCCAAAGGCGAACAGAGCAGAGCCAUCCGACUCGAGUAUGAGGAAGGCGCUGCCAUCCACCCCUACCAAAGCCUCCAAGUCCCCUCGCGCCCCGGCCGUGACGGACAAGCCUCUCUACACUGGUUCCCUCACCACUUCGUGGCCCUCGGGUACGACUGUUGGCUCCGGGCUGUAUAACACCGGUAAUACCUGCUUCCUCAACAGUGCAUUGCAAUGCUUGCUGCACACUCCUCCCUUGCUGCAUGUCCUGAUAGCACACAGCAAAGUUGAUCCAUGUCAGGUGCGGAAGGGCGCGUACUGUAUGGCGUGCGGUCUUCGCUCCGUCAUGUUCGACAGCCAUCAGAAGCAUCGCCAAUUUUCUCCAUCUCAGAUUACUUCAAAUAUGCACGUGAUUGCGAAGCACAUGCGACGAGGCCGGCAGGAGGAUUCACAUGAAUUUCUUCGCUAUGCUAUUGAUGCACUCCAGAAGGCAUGUCUAGCUGGCUAUCCACCAAAACUGGAUCCCAAGCUAGCGGAGACAACAUGGGUGCACAAAAUUUUUGGGGGUCGAUUGCGCUCACGAGUGACAUGCCUGGAUUGUGGACAUAACAGUGACACGUUUGACAGUGUGCUGGACCUCAGUAUCGAUAUUUUGGGUAGCAGUGGCCUGAAAGAAGCGCUCAGAAAAUUUACCGCCGUCGACCAUCUGAAGGGAGCGGAUAAGUACAAGUGUGAAAAGUGCAAGAAGGCAGUUACAGCAGACAAGCAAUUUACUGUUCACGAUGCGCCACUCGUCUUAACCAUACACCUUAAACGCUUCUCACCCAUAGGAGGGAAGAUUGGCCAGCCUGUCAAAUAUGACGAGCGAUUAUCACUGCAGUCUGUAAUGAGCAGUGGGCAGCACGGUCCAUCAUACGUUCUCUACGCGGUCAUAUCCCACGCUGGCGGCGGUCCCAACUCGGGUCAUUACUACGCGCAUGUGAAAGGCUCUAAUGGACAGUGGUACGAGAUGAAUGAUGAUUCCGUCACGCGUCAUCCUGGAGCGCCAACAGGCAUGAAGAACGCAUAUAUAUUGUUCUACAUCAGAGAUAAAGGUCAAGCGUUGGAGGCAGCAGUCAAUGCCCCAGCAAAGAUACUGAACAGAGACACGACACCAGCAAAGAUGGGGAUCGUCGCUAACAUGAAGAAGCGCAAGGCGGUUGAGAGCGACGACGAAUCUUCCCUGCGGCCCAAGUCGAAGACUUCCGCUCCUUUCAUCGGCCCGCGGUUGCCUUCUCCAGUACCCGCUUCCACUGCCGACACUUCAAAGGCAAACGCGAAUGCAAUCGAUCCGCAGGCAGAAGUGCUGAAGAAGAAAAUUGCUGCAGUAGGACAGAGCCCGUCCAGUGCUCUGCUCUCCCUUGCUCAGUACGAUGAUGAGGACGACGAGGACAUCGGUGAAAAGGUGAAUGAGAUGAAAACAACUACGCCUGACUCGGAACUUGUCCCCUCAUCUCCUGUCAUACCUCCAUCGUCCAGCACCGCCUCAUCUACGCAGGAAGUGCAAUCGUCCACACCGCCGCCGUUAACUGCUUCCACGUCCACGCCGUCAGUCUUCACGACAAUAUCUACGAGCAGCUUUUACGGCACUAAGUCCAAAGGAAAAGAUGAAAGCAACUCAAAGAAGCGCAAAUCGCCCGAGCCCGAUCCCGAUGAUCCGUCGAUUUCGCAGUGGGCGCGGACACCCAUCUCCCCUGGAUUGUCGUUGUCAACCCCCACUGUUGGGCGGAGGCAAUCGGGUGGCCGUUCUGGGGGAAUCGGGAGUGGCAGUCCGUUCAAUCGGAUCAAGGGCAGCAACAACCUAGCCCAACGUCGAGACGCCGGCGGUCCGAUUCAACAGUACGGACGGAAGAAGAGACUCAUCAUGUAG